AUGGGCAUCCUUCUUCGCUAUCUCGAAUCGGAGAAAUUCACUCUCACGAAGCUGUGGGAGAGUAUCACGAAUUUGAAUGUGAGCUUGGAUGUUGCGGACCGCAUCUUGCAUCAACUGCCAACACAAGAGGAGGCCCGAAUGUAUCUUAACUACGAGUUCACUGAAGGCCAAUCUGUUGAUCAGUUGACUGAUGAAGACCGCCUGCUCCUGAAUCUCUGCAAAGUCAAUCGUUUGGGUCCGAAAUUGGAGGUGAUUGUGUUUAUGAACACCCUCGACUCCACUCUUGCGUCUUUGCUUCCCGUAAGUUGA